ACCUAAUGUUUUGUCUAGGAUGCUCUUCUAGAUAACCUUGCUGAAACUGAAAAGCAGAGUGAACUGGCUGCUCGAGUUUCAACAUGGAGGCAGAGAAUCGAGCAGAACUUGGAGGAACAAGACUCACAUCCACCCUUUGAUAUUGCUGAAUAUGGGGCUCGGGUUUUGGGCAAGUUAUCCCUUGAAGGGAAUAGUACAAACUUGAUGUCUUUUUCUGAUGUUGUCAUGGGCCAAAAGAUGCAUGAUGUUGCUCGAACAUUUUCUGCACUUCUGCAAUUGGUAAAUAAUGGUGAUGUUGAUUUGGAAAAGGGUAGAACAAACGAGUUCACGUGUUAUACAGCUGUGAAUCCCUUCUAUCUUCGACUCCUUAGGCGUGAUAAUAGGGCGAAGAUGCAGCUUCAGUCUCCGAAAGAGAGAGCAAACUCUUCCACUUCCAGUCGGAACAUUGGAAAGCGAAAGAACAAAGGUAAAGAAAACCAAGCACCUCUUGGUUUGUCGCCUUCAGCACCCAGUUCAGCUUGCAGAUUUGCGGUGAAGUUUGGAAAUGUUAGUGGGACUAGGUGCACGCCCGAGAGCAAGAAAAGAAGGAAGUCCAGAAUAGUGGAACCAGUUGAAUUGCAUACUGCAUUGUGAUGUAUAUCCUCCCCCCCCCUCCCCCUCCCCUCCCCCCCCCUCCCUCUCUCUCUCUCUCCCAAGAUGCACUUUUAAUGAUAAAUGAUAACCAAUUUUUUUCCCCAGAUAACCAAUAACCAAUUGGCUGCUGAAAUUUGUAAUAUUUCUUUCUUCAUAACUUAAUUAGGCUCAGUGUUGUGCUUAGCAAGGACGACUGUAACAGUUUUUAGGUGUUGCAGAGCUAACUUUUCGUUGAUCAUUUCUAUGGAGAAACGAGAUGUAAUAUGUCAUGAGUUUCCAGUUAAUGUACCUAGUGUGUGUAUGUAGAACUAAAUAGAUUAAACCAACAAAUGAUCGGUAACCAUUGUUUCUACAGAAGCUCAAGUUU